CAUCGGCGAAGUGAUCGAUCCGUUAGACUUCCACAACAGAACCCAAAAGUAUUCAAAGGAGAAGAUAGAACACCACUACUUCAUGGCACUCAAGAGCGAUGAGAUCAUCGACGCCACCGUUAAGGGCAAUAUAACACGAUUCGUAAACCAUAGCUGCGAUCCCAACAGUGAAACACAAAAGUGGACUGUAAACGGAGAGCUAAGGAUCGGUUUCUUUACGCAACGAUUCGUAGAGGCGGGCGAAGAGAUCACAUUUGAUUAUCAAUUCCAACGAUACGGAAAAGAGGCACAAAAAUGUUUUUGCGAUUCAAUGAACUGUAGGGGUUAUAUCGGCGCCACAGAAGGCGCUAACAUAUUAACCGACGGCUCAAAGAUAACCACAAAAGUA